AUGGCAUCGCUCCCAUCCGUUUUUGACACGCGCUGUGAUGGCCCUGGCCUGCUGCCGGCCACAAAGCAGUGGUCGGCGCGCUACAACACUUUGCGCAAGUAUGGCAGCGAUAUCCACCGUACGCUCGAAUUCCCGGACCCCAAGAGCGCCGACUACGACGCCACGGGCAAGACGGUGAUCAUCUCGGGCAGCAACUCGGGCAUUGGCAAGCAGGCUGCUCUGUACUUUGCCCAGGCGGGCGCAACGGUGAUCAUGGCGUGUCGACUCACCGCCACGCACGAGCAGAACCCGGAGGAGGCACGCAAGGAGAUCGUCAAGACCGCCGGCGUAGACGAUUCCAAGGUCGAGCUGUGGGAGAUCGACUGCUCUUCGCUCGCCAACAUCGAGCGCUUCGGACAAAAGUGGCGUGCGUCGGGACGCACCUGUGACAUCCUCGUCAACAACGCUGGCCUGUCCGCCGGCCAACGACGCAUCACAGACGAGGGAUUCGAGUUGACGCAUGUGAUCAACUUUCUCUCGCACUGCCUGCUCACAUUCUUCAUCCUGCCGACCAUGAAGAACGCCAGCGCCCCACGCAUCAUCAACACAUGCUCCAUCUUCCACAACGGCGGCGUGCUCGACUUUGCCGACAUGGACAACGAGAAGAACACGCCGGUGGGGCCCGGAUGCGUGCAGCUGUACUGCAACUCGAAGCUCUGGUUCCUCAUGUGGACCGUCGAGCUUCAGCAGCGUCUCUCGCGCUCCGAGGACUAUCGACACGUCAUCUGCCACGGCAUCCACCCGGGCUUUGUUGGCAGCAACAUCUGGCACAACCCCGACACCAAGGUGCCCUAUGCACUCAGGUUCGUCAUCCAGCGCGCCAUCAACUGGCUCGCCAUCGACCCCAAGCAGGGCUCCUAUGCCAUCAUCCACGCCGCUCUCAGCCCGUCGCUCGGCCUCCCCGCCGCACUCACCACGAGCAAGACCAAACCCGCCGUGGGCGAGUCGGCGCUCUUUGGCGGCAAGUUUGUCAACCGCGACAUUGUCGAUAUCCGUCGUCCCGAGGUGGACGACCCGCUCGCACGAUCCCGCCUCUGGCAGCGCGUCCUCGAGGAUGUCCAGGCCGCCAAGCGCGGUGUAGCCAAGGACCUUCCCGACCACCCUGACAGCAUCAAGGCCGUCGGCAAGUCGACAAAGUAG